CUGUUUCAGCUGAUGUAACUGAGAACAGACAAGCUCUGAGAACUGAGAAGCAUUAUUAAGGAUGGAGUCGAUCUCUCAAAGGACUUGCAGGAGAACCAUGAUAACCAAUAUCUUUUUGGUACUUGUGCUGUUGAUACCAGGAGCAGAGGCUGAAAAUUUAGAGUGCUACUCUUGCGUUGAUUAUAAUGAUGGAAGCUGUUCAGAGGACAAAGCAGCAAAGACUUCUUGUAGUCCAGAUCAAAACUGCAUUGAGACCAACGCAACUCUAGAGACAAGUCAUAAUUACUCCUACUUGAUGGUGAAAGGCUGUGGCAACAGAAGCAUAGAAGAUAUGUUGGAACUUGUCCCCUUCUAUGGAAUCAACUUGUAUUUCCAUCUGUCACAAUGCAACAGUAGCCUGUGCAACAACCUGAACAAUGAAAAGACUAUCUACCCAGAGAAGGUCACUCCUGAGCCCAACAAUGUCCAGUGCUACAGCUGUAUUGGAAACACAGGAGCUGAAUGUUCUUCAUCAAAUGUUACCAUUGUGAAUUGCUACGGCAAAUAUGAAUACUGUUUUGAUGGAAAUAUCAAUUUAACCACGGGCAACCAAACAGUUGUGAUACCGAUCAAGAGCUGCUCACUAAGAUCUCGAUGCCCCAUCCAGACUUUAUCAUCUGAAAGUCUCUCCCUUGAGAUUAAGGGUGCAUGCUGUGAAGGGAAUCUUUGCAACCGUGACCUUUCCAACAGGACCCAAUAUGUAGACUUGCCACCCCUGGUCUUGCUUGAGGAUCUAACCAGCAAAAAGAACAGUUCUUUAAACAUGACAACUGUGUAAACAUGAAUGCUUAAACUGUCAGAUUCAGCUGAAACAACCGCUGAAACAACCACAGGCAUGGACACAAAAACUGUCAAAUAUCAGACACUACAACAUCUUCCAAAACCAUCAAGGAAGACCAAGCCAACAAUGGGAAGAGCUUGACAGUUCUUCUCUAUAUAAUGGUUUUUAAAAGUCUGUUUACAUGUUAAGAUGACUACAUUUUAUUUUCUUCCUUAUGAGUUUAUUCAUGGCUUUCUAUAGUGCUGAUAAGGCUUGGGAAAUAAAGACACCCUGCUACAACAAUAGCAGCUAAAGGCCACUGCUUGGUCAACAAUGAAA